AUGGAUUUUUAUUUUGUAAACCCUCAUCCAAAUCCCAAUUUCGGUUACUCUACUCGUAUGAACCAGGUUCCUUCUUCCUCUUCUUAUGAGUUUAUAGUAUCUGAUUAUCUCAUGCUUGAUGAUAUUUGUAUUGAUCAAACACAACAUGAUCAAGAAUCUAGGUCACAAAGUAUUGAAUCAUUAGAGAAAGUAACGUUCAAUGAUUCCAAUCAUGAACUUGAACUCAAUAAUGCAACCUCUAACAACAAUAACAUAAAGUACAAAAAUGGGAUUAUUAAAGGAAAAAAGGAAGAAGUGGGGCCAAAGAUAGCAUUUAGAACAAGAUCAGAGAUUGAGAUUAUGGAUGAUGGAUACAAAUGGAGGAAGUAUGGAAAGAAGUCCGUAAAGAAUAAUCACAAUUUAAGGAACUACUACAAGUGUUCAAGUGUUGGAUGCAAUGUGAAGAAAAGAGUGGAAAGGGAUAGAGAUGACUCAAGCUAUGUGAUAACAACUUAUGAAGGUGUUCACAACCAUGACAUUCCAUUUACCUCCUACUGCGGCCAAAUCUCCUUUCAACAUUUUGAUGCAUAA